AUGCCAGAAGCAGAUUGUGGUUUAGGGUUUCGUGAAAGACAUCGACAGGUGUUGAACCAAGCAGAAAAUGGUGGUAUAGAAUGCCCGUCUUCAUUGACACAACAAAUUGGGUGUUUCAAACAGUGCGAGGCUAACAUAGAGGAAAGGGUAGAUUUGGGAGAGGAGGAGGAAUAUACAAGGCCAGAUGUAACAACGGUUGCCUUAUUGCUUGAUUACCGCUUUAAUAAAUCAAGAAAAUUUCUUCCUCGUCAUUUGAAGAAAACACAAAUUGGAUUUAAUAGAAGACGGAUGAAAGAGCAAUAUAAAAAUUAUUGUGUUAUCUACACAAUUGAAUGGUUAAAUCGGAAUUGUAUUGAAAAGGAAUGGAGUGACAAAUUAUCGGCCAAAAAACGAAUUUGCGGUGAAUGCCAACCUGAAGCACAAUAUCAUAGACCUAGAGAACGUUGCGCUUCUGGCGAGUAUUUAUUAAUUAUUUUAAAUUACAAUUUGUACAUAAACUUAAGUUUACAAAUAAACUCGAAAUUAAAUUACAAAGUCAACUUUUAA